AUGGGCUCCUCGAUAUGGACAAUCCAGGCCUUCAAGCGCGCCGAAGACAGGCCUACGCCAAAGGUAGUCUACAACUUCAGAGUCUACUACUCCUCCAUGAUCAUCGCCAUUGCCGGCGCAAUGAUCGGCUACGACAACGGAUUCGUUGGCGGCACGCUUGCUCUUGACUCUUUCAAAGCCGAGUUUGGGCUCGACAAGAUGACGACCUCGCACGCAAACUUCAUCUCUGCAAACGUCGCCUCGACCUUCCAGGCCGGCUGCUUCUGGGGCUCGCUGUUUGUCUACCCGCUCGGUCACUACUACGGCCGCAAACUCGGGCUCAUCGUCUCAACCUCUGUCUUUCUCGUCGGCGCGAUCCUCAACUGCGUCGCCUCGCGCAGCACCGGUCUCGGAAUCAUGUACGCCGGCCGCAUCCUCGUCGGCCUCGGCGUCGGCGCGACAUCGAACCUGGGCCCGAUCUACAUCUCCGAGAUUGCGCCGCCUGCGAUCCGCGGCCAGCUUUUGGCCAUGUACGAUAUCUUCUGGCAGGUCGGCGGCCUCGUUGGCUUCUGGAUCAACUACGCCGUCAGCGAGACCAUGCCGGUCUCGCGCAAGCAGUUCCUGAUCCCGUUCGCCGUCCAGGUCAUUCCCGGCGGUCUUCUUUUCAUCGGCGUGUUUUUCCUCCGCGAGUCGCCGCGCUGGCUUAUGGCAGAGAAGAACUCUCCGACCGGGCUCGAGAACUUGCGCUGGUUCCGCAAGCUCGAUGAGUCGGACGAGUACUUCCGGUUCGAGGUCGCGCAGAUUGAGGAAUCGAUCGAGUCUCGCGCGGGCUCGAUCGGGCUCGGAUUUAUGGCGCCAAUUAAGGCUGUCUUUAGUUCAAAGAAGAUCAUGUACCGCAUCGCCUUCACCACCUCUCUCUUCAUCUGGCAAAACGCGUCGGGAAUCAACGCGGUUAACUACUACUCGCCCACGAUUUUCAAGUCUAUCGGAAUCGGCGGCACCGACGCAAAACUUCUCUCGACCGGUCUGUUUGGAGUUGUCAAGACCGCGUCGGUGAUUCUCUGGAUGAUCUUCCUCGUUGAAUCCUGGGGCCGAAGAUUGACGCUGAUGGUAGGCUCCGUCGGGGUUUCGUUCUGCAUGUACUUCCUAGGCGCAUACGUCAAGAUCUCGCACCCGUCCGCAAACCUCUCCUCCGCGACCGCUGGUGUGGGUAACCUCAGUCCCGGCGGCCGGGCGGCAAUGGCUUUUUUUUACAUCUGGACGGCGUUUUACUCUGCGAGCUGGAACUGGACACCGUGGAUCAUCAACGCGGAGAUCUUUGACAAUAACAUCCGCACGUUUGUGCAGGCGAUCAACGCUGCGGCGAAUUGGUUCUGGAGUUUUAUUAUGACGCGGUUUACACCGCAGAUGUUUUCCGCAAUGGGCGCGGACGGCUUCGGGGUAUACUUCCUCUUCGCCUCACUCUCGACAGUAGGCUUCUUCUACGUCUUCUUCCUCGUCCCGGAAACCAAAGGAAUCCCACUCGAGAUGGUCGACGGUCUAUUUACAAAGGGCGUGCCGGCCUGGAGUGCGCACGAGCACGUACUCGAGCAGCUUGCCGAGGUGCGGAAUGAGUUCCACGUGUCGCCGGAGGAGAAGGCGGCGGGAAUCGGAGAGCAUGUUGAUCUUGCUGCGGUGGAGACGGGGGGUGAGGCGGAGAAGUGA